UACAGUGGAGUUGCCCCGACCUGAGUCCGCUCGGGAUCCUUCCUCUGCCUUCGCAGCUCCCCUCCACGCGGGGCUGAGACCCGGAGGGCGGAGAAGAGCCGUGUGAAAUCAGAACCCGCUGCCGAGAACCUGAGGGUCCAAGAGAAUGAAGGUCAUCACUUGUGAAAUAGCGUGGCACAACAAAGAACCAGUGUACAGCCUGGACUUCCAGCAUGGGACCGAUGGGAAAAUUCACAGAUUGGCUUCUUCGGGGGUAGACACAGCUGUGCGGAUCUGGAAAGUAGAAAAAGGACCAGAUGGAAAAGCCAUUGUAGAAUUUUUGUCCAAUCUUGCUCGCCAUACCAAAGCAGUAAAUGUUGUUCGGUUUUCUCCUAAUGGUGAAAUCUUAGCAUCUGGGGGAGAUGAUGCUGCCAUUUUGUUGUGGAAAGUUAAUGAUAACAAGGAGCCAGAACAAAUUGCAUUUCAGGAUGAGGAUGAGGCACAACUGAAUAAGGAGAAUUGGGCUGUCAUUAAAACAUUAAGAGGGCACUUAGAAGAUGUGUAUGAUAUUUGCUGGAUGACUGAUGGAAAUUUAAUGGCUUCUGCCUCUGUAGAUAAUACAGCUAUCAUAUGGGAUGUUGGUAAAGGACAGAAAGUUUCCAUAUUUAAUGAGCACAAGAGUUAUGUACAAGGAGUUACCUGGGAUCCCUUGGGUCAAUAUAUUGCUACUCUGAGCUGUGACAGGGUGUUGCGGGUAUACAGCACACAGAAGAAGCGUGUUGCCUUCAACGUUACAAAGAUGCUGUCUGGGGUGGGAGCUGAAGGCGAG